AAACAGGAGAAUAUACAAUAAUUGUCAAACUUUUCACUGAUGAUGAAUUAAAUUUUAGUUCGGACGGACUAUGCAUCUCGCGAAAGAAUGGUUUUUUGUUCCUUUGCAUUGAGGCGUUGACAGAAAAUAAAUUAUAUUCAAGAUCAUAUAUUUCAAGUGAACCAUGGCAGUGCAAUAUAAAGUGAUGUGUUCGACAAAAGUUAUUUUGCUACGUAAGCGUGUCUGUUUCCUAUACAAAACAAAGGACUAGUGAAGUUAUUCGCUUUUUGAAAAACCAGUCGCGAGAGUGCUGAAGAUACUGUUCCCCGCUGGAAGUUGUAAUCCCAUCCGAGGGAAAGAGUUGUGGAUGAGCAUCACUUGUUUGUUGUCUAAUCCUGGUGAUCUUGGGCACAUCUCUAAUGGCGCAAUCAUUCAGCUGGUAUCACCACAACCACCUCGGUGCGACGAAAACGGAUGACCAGUUGAAAGUGAAAUCGGUGCCGCUGUGUUCCGAGAAUGACGUUCAGCUGCGCUUUCUCUGUCCCGAUGACUUGGAGGAAGUACGAACACUAUGCCAGGACUGGUUCCCCAUCGAUUAUCCGCUGUCCUGGUACGAGGAUAUUACAUCGAGUACGCGUUUUUUUGCCCUGGCUGCGGUGUACAAUUUUACAAUCAUUGGAUUGAUAGUGGCGGAGAUUAAACCAUACUCGAAAUUAAACAAAGAGGAUCGAGGCAUUCUCUCAGAAUCGAUGGGCAGAGAGGCCGAAAUAGGUUACAUUCUGUCUCUUGGUGUUCACCGUAAGUACCGACAGAACGGUAUCGGGUCGCUGCUGCUAGACUCUCUGAUAAACCACCUGACGACAGCCGAACGUCACAAUGUAAAAGCAAUUUUCCUGCACGUGUUAACCACAAACCAAACCGCCAUACUGUUCUACGAGCGUAGGGGGUUCAUACUCCAUUCGUUCCUGCCUUACUACUACUCGAUUCGGGGGAAGUGUAAAGAUGGAUUCACCUAUGUGUCAUACAUAAAUGGAGGCCACUCGCCCUGGACGUUAUAUGAUCAUUUGAAAUACUGGUGCUCUCUGGUGUUCACUGCGGGUGGUCUGUGCUCAUGGAUCAGCGGCAACCUCAGGAGCGCGAUUCGAUGGGUCUGUUAUCGCACGAUAUCUAGGUUUUCAUUCACGCAGGACAACUGAGAAAACGGAGGAGCGAUGGUUAGUUUACUACUAGUGCUGUGGAUUGCUUUUACUUCAUUGAGUUCGCUGAUUAUUUUAGUCCAAUUUAUUGAAAGCACAAACGUGGUUUAGACAGGCUAACUUGACGAGUAUUGAUAGCUGCCACAGCCAUUUGUUGCAUUACACAAAUAAGGUUAUUAGCUGUAGAUAGUAGAUGUAAUUGUUGAUAAGUCUUAUUUAUUCCAAUCAUUCGUAGUGAUUGAAAAGAGCCAGUGCAGUUUUACAUCAUCUUGCGAAUUGUUUUUCAACGUUGUAACAUAAUCAUAAACCAAAUGUUAAUAUUAAUUAUUCCCUGAGAUUCUGGCCGAUAGAACAAGUGACAUUUGAUUGCAUAUCAACUAUUAUCAGGUUCCUUUUUAUACAUUAAUCAAUUCAACUUUCGUUGAGUAAUAUCCGCAUUUUCACUUCUCAAAUGCUGUACCGAACUACCUAAGAUACAAACGAAAUUGUAUCGAUCUAUACUUUUUUUUAGGUACACAGCGACACGCGUUUAUUUUACGACAAUAAUGAUAUUGGCCCGGCUUAAGAGAGCUGUUUGUCGUUUCUUAUUUCCAUCAGUCAUUAAGUAACGUCGUAUUACUAGAUCUAAGAUUACAGUGUCUUGCAACUGAAAGACCCAGAAAAAUGACAAAAAUAAGAUUGUAAUUAAUAUUUAACACGGAAAGGAUUAUUUAUUAACAGAUACGAACAUUGAUAUAGCUCUUGAGAAGAGACCAGAGUUUAGCUAUGCCAAAUAUAUAACGGUGCAAAAAUAA